UCAGGUUACCCCUCCUCUGGAAAAUUAAUCCGCGCAGCCCAAAUCCACGACUUUUUCUCAUCCCCAUCCCCAUCAUCAGCCUCGAGUCCCCAGAUCAAAGUAGAGGCCAUCUCAGACGAUGACCUAGCCGUCGACCGCGCAAAAUACAGCCCGCGCAACUCUCUUCACCUCUAUCACAAGAUACAUCGCCAGAAAUACGAUUCUCAAUUUCUCAUCGUAGAUGAGAUCAACUAUAUCAAGGGGUUCAGAUGCCAGCUGUAUUGCAAAUCGCGCGAGGCAGGCGUCAGGGUCUCCACGAUGGGUAAUAGGUUACGAUGUUGUCGCUCUCACAACUGA